UAUUAAUUUUCAAUUAUUUCUUUUCCUUUCAGCAAAACAACGUCUUGUCAACCACCAAGCCACACAUCACGCAGGCUCCGGCUAAGCUUCCCCCUCCGCCUCCUCCGCCUCCUCCGCAAUCUCUUCAUUUUCCUUCCUCCUCAUCUAGCCCCGAUCAUGUCUUGAAUUUCUCCGAUGUUCAUCUGAAUUUUUUUCUUUACCAUGUCUAAACCAUGGUGCAACUUCACUUAUUCAAGGCCUCCUUGAGAAAACAAAACACUGUUUAAGCAUUCCUAAUUAUCCAAGGCUUUGGGGGAAAAACUCUUUUGUAUUUUCAGCAGAUGAUGAUUAGCUUAGCUCUCUAGCUAUUUUUCUCUCUAGGGUUUCUGUUCAUACAGAAUUCUUUCUUUAGGGUUUUCUUAGGUUUUCUUUCUUUUACCCUUUUGAGUUUCCGGCUAUUGUUAAUUUAGCCAUGGAGGAAUAUAAUCAGCUCAGCGAAAAUAGCACUACUCCAAGAGCGAAUUUCCUCUAUGCCUCACCUCUUCUUGCACCAAACUCUUCCUCUUCUCCAUAUGGUAGGGCAAAUACAAUGGCGGGCGUUAGCUCCUUUCAUCUCCAAUCGGGCGAGUGCUAUCAAUCUGAGGUGAAAUCUGAGGUCGCCGGUAGUUCAGCUCAGAAAUUUCACUACCCUUUAAUGAUCAGAGGACAUCCCGCAAUUCCUCACCAGGAUGGGAGCGAGGGCUCCGGCGGUGAUGUAGAUGCCAUAAAAGCUAAGAUCAUUUCCCACCCUCAGUACUCUAGCCUUUUGGAGGCUUACCUGGAUUGUCAAAAGGUAGGAGCUCCGCCGGAAGUAGUGGCUCGGCUGACUGCUGCUCGUCAAGAGUUUGAGGCACGGCAACGAUCUUCAGUGACAUCCAGAGAUACUUCUAAAGACCCAGAACUGGAUCAGUUCAUGGAAGCUUAUUAUGAUAUGCUGGUGAAGUACCGAGAGGAGUUAACAAGACCAAUACAGGAAGCGUUGGAUUUCAUGCGGAGGAUCGAAACUGAACUAAACAUGAUCAGCAAUGGCCCCGUGCGGAUUUUCAACAAUGAUGAGAAAUGUGAGGGUGUUGGCUCAUCUGAGGAGGAUCAAGACAACAGUGGUGGAGAGACAGAACUACCUGAAAUCGAUCCACGAGCUGAGGACCGAGAGUUGAAGAACCAUUUACUGAGGAAGUAUAGCGGUUACUUGAGUAGUCUGAAACAAGAACUCUCCAAGAAGAAGAAAAAAGGAAAACUACCUAAAGAAGCUAGGCAGAAGCUACUUAGUUGGUGGGAGUUGCACUAUAAGUGGCCAUAUCCUUCAGAGACAGAGAAAGUGGCAUUGGCUGAAUCAACUGGAUUGGACCAGAAGCAAAUAAAUAAUUGGUUCAUAAAUCAAAGGAAGCGACACUGGAAACCUUCGGAAGAUAUGCAAUUCAUGGUGAUGGAUGGUCUUCAUCCUCAGAAUGCAGUUCUCUAUAUGGAUAGUCACUACAUGGGUGAUGGUCCUUACCGGUUGGGACCAUAAGUGUGGACUGCAUCGGACAGGCUGCCUCAAUGCGAGCCAUCUAAGUUGUACGUUUAUAUUUCAUUGCUGUUGUUGAACGUAAUCAGUCUGUCUUUCUCCCAUGGUUAUCUUCAUCUGAGAGCAUUGCGCAAGUUCCCGCAAAUUGUAUUCUCUUGUUAUCAUGUGUUGCAUCCACACGGAACGAGAUAAAUAGUUCAGGAUGGGUUUAAUUUUUUAUUUUAGUAGUACAAUAGGGGAAAAUCUUCUCCUUUCCGUUAAGUUAUUUCAAUUAUAUAUUAUGUAAUUCAAACUCAAAUUCUCUUAUUUUUAUUAGAAAGAAAUUAUUAUUAAACUA